UGCCGCCAUCAGUGAAAGACAAAGACAGAGUUUAUUGAAGGACAGUGAGAAGAUGAGUGAUCCAGAACCCUGCAGAAUUAAACAGGAAGAGACUGAGGAACUAAUAGAUGUGAUGGUGAAUGAGGAGAGUGAUGAACUGAGUGAGGAUGAGGAGAAACAUCAUGUCAAGAGUGAAGAAGAAACUCACACAAACACUCAACAUGGUGCUUCAAUGGAAAAAACAGCUGUGAAAUGUUUCACCUGCACUCAGUGUGGAAAGAGUUUAUGCUCCAAAUCUAAUCUUAAGAUUCACAUGAUGAUCCACACUGGAGAGAAACCCUUCAAGUGUUCACACUGCGACAUGAGAUUCAAUCGUUUAGCAAACCUGAAAUCACACGAGAGAACUCACACUGGAGAGAAACCUUACCAGUGUUCACACUGCGACAAGAGGUUUAAUUUUUCAAAAAACCUGAAAACACACAUGCUGCUCCACACUGGAGAGAAAACACACAGAUGUGAUCAGUGCGGCAAAACAUUUUUAAGGCCUUCAGGGCUGAAUAGCCAUCUUAGGGUUCACACAAAUGAGAAGCCUUAUUCAUGUUCCGAGUGUGGAAAGAGUUUUAAAACCCUGACAGUUUUAGGAAAACAUCAGAAGAUUCACACUGCUGUGAGAGAGUUUGUGUGCUUUGACUGUGGGAGGGCUUUUACUAAAGUUAAAUACUUGAAACGCCACCAGAUGAUUCACACUGGAGAGAAACCUUACGUGUGUUCAGACUGCGGUAGGAGAUUCAGACUGUCUAGUACUCUUAAAUAUCACAAAAUUAUUCACACUGGAGAGAAACCGUACACAUGUACUCGAUGUGGGAAGAGUUUCACACAAAUAUCAAGCCUCAGUACACACAUGAAGGUCUACUCAGGAGGGAAAAUUCACCAAUGUGAGCAAUGCGGCAAAACAUUUUUGAGGCCUUCAGAGCUGAAGAACCAUCUUAGAGUUCAUACAAACGAGAGGCCUUACUCAUGCUCUGAGUGUGGAAAGAGUUUCAGACAUCAGUCACAUUUAAAAGACCAUCAGAAGAUCCACACUGGUGUGAGGGAGCAUGUGUGCUUUGACUGUGGGAAGACUUUUAUUAGAGCUGGAACCUUGAGACAACACCAGAUUAUCCACACUCGAGAGAAACCGUACAAGUGUUCACACUGCGACAAAGGAUUCAUACAUUUAGGACACCUGAAAAAGCAUGAGAGGAUUCACACUGAAGAGAAAAAUCAUGAGUUAAAACAGCAGAAUGAAAUCUCCCUUCCUGGAAACUCUACUCUGUAUUCACAAACACCAGAUUUCUCAGUUAAACAGCCCCUGUUAUACAUUAUAAAUAGUCCUAUUUUGGUUUUGGGGUCUCCAACAACAGGCUGAUGUGAAUUUAAGCUCAAAGAACACUGUUAUUGUCUCAUAAUAUGCAUUUAUUUUUAUAUAAUGAUCCCAACGACUCCCUUAUGAUUUGUUCAGCGAUUUCAUUGUUUCUAAACUCUUCCUUUGCUUGACGCUAAUCUGUGGUGAUUGGUCUGACGACCCAGUUUGUGAUUGGUCAACUGCGUUCAACGCAAGACUGAUAGGAAACGCCCACCACAGCUUAUCAAUACACUGGAGCAACUAUGACGUCAGUUUGUAUGCCGUAAGCAGUUAGCUAUUAGCAGUUCUGGUUCCCUCGUCCCAGAGUCAGUGGGUUAUUGAAUGGGAUUUUGGUUAAAUGGCUUCAAUAAGGUUGGUGGCAAACACAAACUCAAGAUACUUUCACGUUUUAUUCUACGACACUAAACACAUCACUCUUGACUUUUUAAAUCGGUUACGCUUCUGUAAAAAGACGGUUGCUCAAUGGGUCUACAGGCGAUGUCGGACUCAUUAUACGUCAUUGAGCUGAACUGGUCUGGUAUGAAGCCCGCUUUUACAGCUUGUGUUGGGUGUUUGGAUUUGUCUGUUUUUUGGUUAAGUGUUUUCGUAAGUAGUGUUUUAUAGUUUGUAGUGUUUAUCUAAUUGGGGAUUCAUAUUGUGUGUAGAUAAUGCCUUCACUUGCAGAGACCGUCA